AUGAUCGUUAACGGUGCAUCUGAUACUGUUUUAUGCCGUUGUUUUCCGAAUUAUUUAGACGGUUCUGCACUUAAUUGGCUUUGUGGUUUACCUGCAGGUUCAAUCUCACGAUUCCAACAGCUGGCCAAGCUAUUUGAGGACCACUUCGCCGGAUCUGCAAUUUAUCUGCAUACAAUCAAGCAGGGCCAAAACGAGAGCUUGAAAGACUAUAUGACUCACUUCACGAAAGUCGCUAUCAGCAUACCCGACCUCCAUCCUGAGGUCCAUCUACACGCCAUCAAAAGCGGACUCCGACCUGGGAAGUUCCAAGAGACCAUCGCGGUUGCCAAGCCAAAAAUCCUUGCCGGGUUCCGCGAGAAAGCCAAAGGCCAAAUUGAUAUUGAGGAGCUCAGACAAGCUCGGAAGUCCGACAAAACAUAUUAUAGAGACAAAGAUAAGGCGCAGAACAGUAAGAAAAAUUUUAAACUAACCCCUCGAUUUGAUUCUUACACGCAGUUCAAUACCAAGCGAGAGGACAUUAUCAAAGAGAUCCUGAACUCAAAGCUGAUCAAGCCACCAAGGAAGGCCAGUACUUACCAAGAUACUAAGAACGUGGACAAGUCUAAAUACUGUGCUUUUCACCAGAAGCACGGCCACACUACUGAUGACUGUGUGGUGGCAAAAGACCUCUUGGAAGUUGGAACGGUUAGCUCGGCAAGGCCACCUUGA